GCAGAAACCUCUAAUCCAAACAACCAGUAAAAAACCUCAGCUCUUAAAAACUCACACAACCAAAAUUCAGAAAGUGAAACUCCAAAAAGAACUUCAAAUUCAAUGUCGUAAACCAAACAUAUUGAAAACGAAAGUACUCAAAUAAAAAAGAAAAAUCCUCGGCCAAAUCCAAAUUCCCCCAUAGCUGCUCCUCACUCUUUACACUUUCUUUUUUCUUUCACAGCUCCCAUUCCAAAACUCCACCACUCAAAUUUCGCUAGCUAAGGCCUAAGCUAGCCACCCUUACCUAAAAAGACAAAAGUUCUUCCCCAGCUCAUACCCCACAUGCCCACUUUACAAAACAAUCUAGAUUCCAAUUCUAAGCCAAUCCCAGUGACUCCAUUUUUUUCUUCCUCAUUCAUUUUCUGUCAUUUUCCCACCCUCUACAACCCCAAUAUUCUUUGUUUUUUAUUUUUCUUUUAACCUUCUACUUUCAUUUCAUUCUUCCCCAUAUUUCAACAAUUCUUCUCCCAUUUCUCUAACCCGAGAAGACCCAGAAAUGCCACCGGAAGAAGGUACAACUUUUCCAAGCUUAGAAAAUGAAGAAGAACGAGAAUAUUCUUUUGCAGUGGAAUAUACCGGCCCUCCGGUACCCUACGAGCUUCCACGAGCAGUUCCAAUCAACGUCGAGAAAAUCCCAUUAGCCGCCGUUGCUUCAAAGGUACCACUUUCCAAUACUGAACUUCAUAUACCAGUUGUAACUCCAAUUUUAGCACCAGAUCGUAACAGAUUCUCUAAAGAACUUCUUCUUCAACCAACUGUUUCACCGACUUCGGUUAUUGCUUUUGAAGAAAGGGUUUCUGAAAAUACUAACAACUGUUUGUUAUCUGGAGAGUUAAGUAGUUACGAGUCUGGGGAGUUAGCUGAAUUGAUUAACAAUAAUGAUAUUUCUUCGCGGCGGUUAGGGGCUUGUUCUGUUAGUAAUGAACAUUCGAGUAUGCUUGAUUAUUGUGAUAGCUUUGAUAAAUCCAGGGAAAGUUCAUCGCGAGCAGGGGUUUCGAAUGAUGAUGAUUUGAAUCAAGCUGAUUGGGGUUCUAAUGAGUCUGUUUUGAGUUUAGAUUACCCGUCUUCGCGGGUUUCUUCUCUUAAGACUGGGGAUUGUAAUAAUGAUUCAAGUGCUGAAGUUAGGAGACCUCAGGUUGUUACUUUUCGAGAUAUUGAAUCGGAUAAUGGACUCGAUGAGGAAUUUAGUCAAGAUGAUGUGCAACAUCAGGUUGUUACAGUUAAAAGAGAGCCACAAACGAAAGGGAAGAAAGGGUCAUGCUAUCGAUGUUUUAAAGGGAAUAGGUUCACAGAGAAGGAGGUUUGUAUCGUUUGUGAUGCCAAGUAUUGUAGUAAUUGCGUGCUUAGAGCUAUGGGGUCUAUGCCUGAAGGAAGGAAAUGUGUUACUUGUAUUGGAUUUCCGAUUGAUGAGUCCAAACGUGGGAGUUUGGGAAAGUGUUCACGAAUGCUUAAACGGCUGCUUAGUGAUUUGGAGGUAAGACAGAUAAUGAAGGCUGAAAAGUUGUGUGAAGCAAAUCAGCUGCCCCCUGAGUAUAUUUGUGUGAAUGGACAACCUCUUUGUCAUGAGGAGUUGGCUAUAUUGCAGAGUUGCCCUAACCCACCAAAGAAGCUAAAACCAGGAAGCUAUUGGUAUGAUAAAGUAUCCGGUCUUUGGGGAAAGGAGGGACAGAAACCUUCCAAGAUAAUUAGUCCCCAUCUAAAUGUUGGUGGUUCUAUCAGGCCAGAUGCUAGCAAUGGAAGCACACAAGUUUGCAUAAAUGGUCGAGAAAUCACAAAAGUAGAACUUAGGAUGUUGCAGUUGGCAGGGGUUCAAGUUGCGGGCAACCCACACUUUUGGGUGAAUGAAGAUGGGUCAUACCAAGAAGAGGGACAAAAAAAUACAAAAGGAUAUAUAUGGGGAAAGGCUGGAACAAAGCUUGUCUGUGCUGUCUUGUCACUGCCUGUUCCUUCUAAAUAUUCAAAUCCUUGCAUGGAGCCGCUGAGUAGCAUGACCAGCAGAUCUGUUCCUGACUAUCUUGAGCAGCGCACAUUACAGAAAAUUCUUUUGGUUGGAUCUACUGGAUCUGGGUCAAGUACCAUAUUUAAGCAGGCAAAGAUUCUUUAUAAAGAUGUACCAUUUUCGGCGGGUGAGCGUGAAAAUAUAAAGUUGAGUAUCCAAACCAACAUGUAUGGUUAUCUUGGCAUUCUUCUUGAGGGCCGUGAACGUUUUGAGGAAGAGAGUUUGGCUGAAAUGAGGAAGAGGAAUUGUUCCAAGGAAACUGACCCUGAAGCAGGGAGUAGUGAUGAUAGUGAUAACAAAACUAUCUAUUACAUUGGCCCAAGGCUCAAAGCAUUCUCUGACUGGCUUCUGAAGACUAUGGUGUCAGGCAAUUUGGAUGCCAUUUUUCCAGCUGCUACUCGUGAAUAUGCACCAUUAGUUGAGGAGUUGUGGAAGGAUGCAGCCAUUUGGGCAACUUACAACAGGAGAAGUGAAUUGGAAAUGCUACCUAGUGUUGCUAGUUAUUACUUGGAGCGGGUUGUUGAGAUAUUGAGAAUGGACUAUGAACCCUCAGAUGUGGAUAUCCUAUAUGCUGAGGGUGUUACUUCAUCAAAUGGGCUUGCCUGUGUGGACUUUUCAUUUCCCCAUUCUUCAUCUGAUGAAAGCAUUGACACUGGUGAUCAGCAUGACUCAUUGCUCAGGUACCAACUAAUUAGAGUGCAAGCAAGAGGCCUUGGAGAAAACUGCAAGUGGCUAGAGAUGUUCGAAGAUGUUGGAAUGGUCAUCUUCUGUGUUGCCUUGAGUGACUAUGACCAGUUCUCUGCUGAUGGGACUAAUAAGAUGCUAUUAAGCAAGAAAUUCUUUGAAAGCAUCGUUACACAUCCAACAUUUGAUCAGAUGGACUUCCUUUUAAUACUAAACAAAUUUGAUCUGUUUGAGGAAAAGAUAGAACGGGUACCACUGAGUCGGUGUGAAUGGUUUGAUGAUUUUCAUCCCAUGAUCAGUCGUCAUCGUACAAAUACAAAUAGCAACAGCAUUAAUAAUAAUCCUACGCUGGGACAGCUGGCAUUCCAUUAUAUCGCAGUCAAGUUCAAGAGGCUUUAUUCUUUGUUCACUGGGCGGAAGUUGUAUGUUUCCCACGUGAAAGGAUUGGAAUCCAGUAGCGUCGAUGCAGCUCUUAAAUAUGCAAGGGAGAUUCUAAAAUGGGAUGAAGAGAGAGCCAACUUGAGCUUAAGUGAGCACUCAUUUUAUAGCACGGAAGCAAGUUCCUUCUCUCAUUGAUGUCUAAUUUCUAGGGCAGAAAGGCCUCUGCUAAUUCAUCCAUGCCAAUGUACAUACUAUGCCCAUGUAAAUUGACAAGAGAAGACGGUGCUUAUGUGCCUUGCAGCUGUAAGAUUACUCAUUCAAGGUCGUUUUAGGGCAGUGCAUCGACUAUCAUGCUAUGGUUCUUUACUUAGGUACUAGCGUACAAGUUAUAAUGUCCAUAGAUGUGUUUUUUGAACAAUGCUCUAUGUAGCUGCCGCUUUGUACACAAUUCAUUGCAUUCAUUUGUAAGAUAUGAUGAAAAUGUAUGAUUUAGUGAUAGCCAGAAUGCAGAUCACAUACUCGGCUCCUCAAGUAUAUUAAAGUUGUGAAGAAAAUCUCCUGGGACGGUGAUAACAAUUGACGACAAUGAAUAUGGGUGGUUAAUAUUUCGCAUUUUGCUUUAUUUUCAGGAUGAGCUUAUGGGUUCCAGGUUUUCUUGCCAGUCAUCUGUAGUUUGGAAACUAUCUGCUUUGAAACCGCUAACAGUAUUGUAUUAUGGAAAGCCCUUAUCAUCCAUGGGCCAUUCGAUUUUGAACUGUUAAUCUGGCAAAGACAGCAGUUUGCAAUCAUAUGUAGUCAACAAGUCACAGCUUGUGGUGCAAUGCUGCAUUUUUUCCAGGAAUGGGACUGCUUUGUUUUUUCGACUGAUAAAAAGUAAACGCAACUCAACAGGGCAAACAAGGGUGAAGAAUAUGCUAAGCCGGCACCGCAGGAGAGGGCCCAUUAGAAGACUAAGAGCUUAGACCGCGGACGGUAUAGCAAAAUAGACCUUGCAAGUCUAGCUACUUUUUAAAAAUUCUGUUUCCGGCGACUUGCCAGAGCUGUAUUUUUCUUGGAAUAUAGAAAUGUAUGACUUUUGGGAAUUGGUUGAUUUUUAAAUGCUAUAGCAUGAUAUCACUCGGUGCUUGAAAGGAUUUGCUUGCGUAUGAUCUAUAAAAGGGAAUCAUCAAAUUAAAGUAAGAAAAAUGAAUCCAUA